AUGGACCUAUCUCACACGGCUAUUGGUGAUCAGCCAGGAAAUGUGAACGAUCUGAAACUGAAAGCUGCUGAUUUGGCGAGUCUGCGAGGAGGUGUGUCUGACCAGUCCGUUUCCGGCAGCUCAAAACCCCACGGCCCGAGACAGAUGAAUCCUCACCGUCUGAACAAAGUCCAGAUUUGCAAUCAUCCGAAUCUGGACCUGGAGCACGAUGCUAAUAAAGAAGCAUUUUACACGAUGAAUGCUCUUGUCUGUCUGGGCACCAGUUUAUUCAGCAGCAAAGAUGGAGUGCUCUCCCUUAACAGAACUCUCCUGGGCCAAAACAAACUUAAUAAGUGCACGUACAGAGGAAUUGUAAGGUUUGACGACAACUCUGCCACCUACACUCAAGAAUUGGUCCGUUCUGAGGAGCCUUUCGAAAUUGUGAUCAAGCAUGACUUCUUUCGAAUCCAGUGUAAUUUGAAGAAUGGAGGCAGCAGGCGGCUUCUUGGCUUCAAUGAAAAAACAGCAGUGGGCAUAAAGCAAGAAAAUCAUUCUAGUGUUAACGGUUUUUCUAAUUUACGAACAUUAAAAACUUCAAAGGAAGAUGCUGACAUUGAUUUGAUUGGGAUAAACCUGGGAGAUGAUGUAAAUACCACUGAGUAUGACCAGUACAAAGAUUUCUUUGGAAAUUACCCAGAUUUUGGAUUAACAGACGAUUCAACCGAGUCAGAAUCUGCUGACUUUGAUCAGUUCAUCGCUCAAGUUUAUCCUUCAAAGGAGGUGUUUGAGCGCAUUGAUGGUAUUCGUAAGGAGAUGAAGGAACAGGGACAAUCACAACCCCAUGAUCCCAUGAACGUCCUGGUAUUUUGUCUCGACUCUCUCUCUCAUCUCUCAUAUCAAAGAAAACUUCCUCUGACAUACAAGUUUAUCAAGAACGCUCUUGGGGCAACAAUCCUGCAUGGAUAUAACAUCGUAGGAGACGCUACCACGGCCAACCUGCUGCCCCUUCUUACUGGGAAAGCCCAUGAUGAAUUGCCAGAAACAAGAUCGGAUGUGGCAGACAGCAACUAUGUGGACACUUACCCUCUUCUUUGGUACAAGUACGAGCGUAAAGGUUAUGCUACACUGUUUGCUGAAGACGAACCUACAAUAGGAUCGUUCAACUUGCGGCUGAAUGGCUUUGAACAUCAGCCGACAGAUCAUUAUAUGCGUCCAUUCUGGCAAACCAUUUGGGCGUCGUCCUUGAACAAGGACAGUAUGAAGUAUUGCCUCGGCAACAAACCCAAACACCAGUACACUUUAGAGUAUGUGCAAGAUUUCUUCCACGUUUACCACCAGAUCCCCAAGUUUGCGUUUGUCAUGCAUGCCGAGCUGACACAUUGGGAUAACAACCCUGGACAGUUUAUCGAUGCUGACUUGACUGCUUUCUUGGCUGGCCUACAGAGAAAUGGACACCUGAACAAUACCGUGGUGAUCCUGAUGGGUGAUCAUGGUGCACGGUACAGCAAGGUGCGCUGGACGGUGCAAGGGAAGCUGGAAGAACGGCUGCCGAUGAUGUCUUGGGUCAUUCCGGACUGGUUCGCCAAGAAAUACCCAAAACUUGUGCAAAAUUUCAAGCAAAAUUCUCACAAACUAACCACGCCAUAUGACAUUCACGAGACACUCUUAGAUGUUCUGGACUUGACAAGGACGACAAAACCUUUGAAGCAUUCUGAUCGUGGCCUGAGCCUUUUCCAUUCCAUCCCUCUGAAUCGUACAUGCAAAUCGGCAGGAAUUGACAUGCACUGGUGCACCUGCCUCACUCAGCAAAUAGUGCACACCUCCAAUGAGCAUGUGCAGAAGUCUGUCGCAGAGGUCAUGAAUCACAUCAAUGAGAAAACGGCGAAAUUCAGGGACCUCUGUGAGGAACUGAAACUGAAGUCCAUAAAGAGUGCAAUGUUGGUUGUGCCAAAUGAAAAGGUGUUACGCUAUCAAUUUUCCCAAGACGAUGAUCACCGCGUGGCAAAUUUCAGCAGCAGAGCCAAGCUAGAUAUCGCCUAUUAUCAGGUCACCAUAGUAACAGAACCUGGUGAAGGCUUAUACGAAGCAACAGUGCAAGCGAAUUUCCUGAGUUCGGCGUACACCAUCAAUGCUCAGGUGAGCCGCGUGAACAAGUACGGUAAACAGGCCGAAUGCGUGCAGGAAAAACAUCCAAGUAUACGAAAGUUUUGCUACUGCAAGCCAAAACAGGCGGAGGAGAAAGCAUAAUAGGUGCAUGCUGUUUUAACAGUGCCAUUGCGAUUGUGAUGUAAAGGUUUACUUGACAGACUCAGAGAAUGUUUAUAUAGUAAAUGAUAAUGGACAUUUAGUCUGUCUGUUUGUUGUACACUUUACAGAGGAAUAUGUGGACAUGUAUAACACUUCAAAGUAAGCUACUUGUCUCAUAACUCACUUUUUUAUAUAUUUAUUUAUACAUAUAUAUAAUUGUUUGUUCUUUUUUUUUUUAUUUUUGCCAUGAUAAGCACCAAAGCUUGCUUUUUGCAUUCAAAAUUGUUUUUAAUUUCAAGCUGAUUCUAUAUAUGGAACCGUGAUAGGAAGAAAUAAUUUUUAAACCACCUGGCUGCUCCAAAAUAAACAGUGAAUUUUAUAAUAAUUCUCCAAGUCUUGUUAAUUUAAAGAUAGUGCCCACUAAAGUUGUGACACGUUUUAUAAGCUUUAAAACUUCCAAAUCUAGAUUGGAUCAGAUCAGGUCAAAAAAUAAAAUAAAUUUGACCUGGUUUGGAGCUGUGUGUAUGAUUGUGACCAUCAUGACCUUGCUCAAACAGGCCUGUGACUCUUGUGAGUUGGUAUUUAAUCAGAUGAUCUUGUCGGGUGUGCCUCAUCAGUAUUUAGUGGACAGACAUGCAAUUUUGGGCCAAAUCAGUAUUCUUUGCCAUGUAUAUAUUUCUUUUCUUUUUUGGCAGUGGGGUAUUUUUUUUUUGGUUUUUCUUUCAUGGUAAUAAUUUCUUAUGACAGCAUUUUGUUAACCCUUCAUGAAUUGAUGUAAAUUACAGAGCACCAUAUUUUGAUACUUGCUAUGUGUUUGGUCGUGAAAAUAUUCUGACUAUAUGUAUUACAUGGAUUGGCACGUAUAUAGUGAAACCAUGCAGAGGUUCUCUCCCUUGUUGAUAAAUGUGAUAUUUGGUGUUUAUUCUGAUUAGUCCUGUCAUAUUUCAAAAGGAUGGUGUUAGGUGGUAAAAUAAGGCUUUUCCCAAAUGUUCACAUAUGUUCAGAUACUCAAAGGUUGACAUAUAUUCACACACUAAAAGGAUGACACAUAUUCACACACCCAAAGGUUGACAUAUAUUCACAUACUCAAAGGUUAACAUAUUCACACACUCAAAGGUUGACAUAUAUUCACACACUUAAAGGAUGACAUAUAUUCACACACCCAAAGGUUGACAUAUAUUCACAUACUCAAAGGUUGACAUAUUCACACACUCAAAGGUUGACAUAUAUUCACACACUAAAAGGAUGACACAUAUUCACACACCCAAAGGUUGACAUAUAUUCACACACCGAAAGGUUGACAUAUAUUCACACACCCAAAGGUUGACAUAUAUUCACACACUCAAAGGUUGACAUAUAUUCACACACUUAAAAGAUGACAUAUAUUCACACACCCAAAGGUUGACAUAUAUUCCUACGCUCAAAUGCUCACGGAUACAAAGGGCAUGUAUACAUAUGUGUGCAUCAUUCCCUUGCUGUAGAAAGUUUUCAAGCUUUGUAGUGUGUACAUGUGAACUUUGUACAUACAGGAUAUAGCAGAGGUAAUGUCAGCAAAUUUUGCAAGUCUGACAUGGUCAAAAUUUGUAAAUUGUCAUUGACAAGCUGGUUGACAUGUCACAUGAUACGGUAGAGCUGUGUUUUGCAUUACUGGCAAAAGACCUAAAACUGUAAAUGUUGUAGAAAGAGUUUCAAGUGUUUGUGAAAAACAACAUUACAAAAAACACUCUGUAUAUGAUUUUUUUUCCCAAGUUUCCAGACUUUCAGAACAGUGAUUUUUGUCAUGUUGUUUCUAACUAACAACUCAGUGCCUGUAUUCACUUGGGUUUCAAGUUUAGGUUUCGCUGCGUGAUGGCUGCUGUGGGGUAAUUGAGCUCCCACAAAAACACGGAUCCAUGUAAAUAUCUGACGGACACACGUAGCAUUGUGGGACAUUUGUGCCAUUGUGAUGACACGAAAAUCUGAUAAAAUAAUUUUUGUUGCUGUGAUUUUUAUAAAGUUGUUAGUUGAUAGAAGAUUUAUUUUAGAAAAUGUUGUUAAAAUUAAAUAUUUUUAUAUGAUUUUUGUUUUUGUAGAAAAUUUAUAAAGAUAGUGUCGAUAUUUUCUGGGUAUCGAUGCAUGUACACAUAGCUUUGUGGUUUUGAAUUAAACGAAUGAUAGUCUUUUAAUAGAGAAUAAUAGUUUUAAUAGAGAGGAAAAUAAACAGGAUCAGUUGUGAAUGAAGACUUUUGAAGAUUUUAUACAGAUUACUCUGACAGAUAUAAAAUGAUCAAAAUAUAAUAGGCUAAAGGCGCAUGCAUUCCACCAGUUUUCUCGUCACAGAUGGAUGAGUACAGCUGUAGCAUGUACUGCACACGAAUGCAGCUGUAUCUCCCCCAUUGAUUUUGAUGACAAAAAUUGUAUUUAAACCCUGAACAAAAAAACA